AUGAAUGGUGAGCAAGACAAUGUAUCAAUAGCCGGAAGAAUUGUGGCUCGUCGAGCAUUUGGAAAGCUUGCAUUUCUCACUCUAAGAGAUGAUUCUGGGACAAUUCAGGUAUCCCCACCUCAGCUUUCUGUCCUUACAAUGAUCUUGCCAUCUCUUUGGGAGCUUUCUGUCUAUGUGAACUCUUUUGCCAUUCUUACAAAAUCUCUACUGCCCUUGCUAGACAAAUAUCAUGGUCUAACUCAUGUGGAUAAGCGUUACCGGCAACGGUACAUUGAUAUGAUUUCCAAUCCUGAAGUAGCUGAUGUAUUUCGAAAGAAAGCAAGGAAAUAG